UCUUAUCCUCAACCCAAACAUGGCGACAUUCUUUCACCUCUCCAAGUCACUCUCUUCCCCGCUUCCUUUCUUCCGCAUUCCUCCGCCGCUUCGCCGGAAACAUAGGCCUUCCACGGUGGCCCCAGCUCGUGCGGGCCCCAGCUCAAGUAGCAUCGCCUUUGCCAUCGGCCUCCCUCUCUCUCUCCUCGCUGUCACCGUCCUCACCUCCCUUCGAAUUGCCAAUAAACUCGACCAACAAUUUUUUGAGGAGAUGGCAAUGAAUGAAGCUAUCAUGCAAGCUGAUGAAGAUGACGAUGAUGAUUACGAAGAUGAAGAUUAUUAUGAUGAUGAUGAUGAUGAUGCAGAAACUCCUGUACAACAAGAACCUGCCCUUCCGCGUUCUCGCAACAGGCCUAUAAGGGAAGCUUAACUUUCACCCUUUUGGCCUUUGAAUUACAACUUUUUCAGGUUGAUCUUGUUGCAGUAGAUAGAUUAUCAGACAUCAGAAUGAGGAGGGAAAGAGAAGAAGCAUCUUUCUUCAAGCUUUUGCUUUUUGUUUGUUGUUGCAAUGAUUAUCUUAGUUUUAUGUAUCUUGCCAUGGUUUUCCUACUUGUAAAGUAUUAAUCAUGUAAAAUGUUUUUCUACAGAUUUAGAGGUAAAAUAUUAUUAUUCAGAAGGCUUGAUGAGAAA